UCGCGAUUCCCAAAUUGGAAUCGGAAUUCACAACGUGUCGUGUAGCGCCAAAACGCCGUCGUAUCUGCCUGACCCCGAGCGACGUGGCGUCUCCUCCACCAUUACACUUGUGAAGUUCUUCUCCUUGCCACGCUAGGCUCAGGCGCCGCAAUGCUUUCUCACCCUCGCAUUUGCACUGCACACUGCCACUCAGUGAUUGCAUGUGGUACCCUAGGAAGGUGCUUUAGUUUAAGCGCAGUGGAUCGAGGAAUCGGAAGCCGAAAGGUGCUUGUGCGUUGCACUGCUCCGUAAAUUCUGCUGCUUUUUGUAAUUGAUUUACUUUGUAUGCGUUUGCUUCAGAUACAGUCCUCUUGAGGGGUGAAUAAGGUGCAGAUACGUGUGGAUUCCGCCAUUUUUAUUUGUUUUUGUCACAUUUGGGAGAAUUGUGUUGUAUUGUUGGCUUUAGUUGAUGUUUGGGGCUAAAAUUAGGGUUUCGUAUUACAUAUAUAUAUAUAUAUAUUGUUGAUUAAACAAUACAAUACUUUGAAGGACAGUUUCAGUUCCUAUCAUAUUGUUUAUUGAGCUUAUGGAAGAUGAAGCUUAUCAAUUCAGCCUCGAUAUACUUAUUACAUAUUACUGGCCUUUUGGUGAUAAAUGAUAUGUUAGUGAGGAUGAAUAUGGAAGAAAAGGAUGUUAACUUAGAACUUCAAUUGGGUUCUACAAGUUAUAAUUCAGGUACAGGUGCAAUUGCAAGUGCUGGCUCGCGUGUUUUCAUGGCAUUUACAGCACCCAUUCCCCUGUAUGAACUAGUUUGGUCACCGAAUAAUGGGUUGGGUCUUAAACAUGCUAGUUCUGAUCAAAAUCCUUUGCUGUGGAAUAAGGAACCGAGCAAAAGUACGCCUGCUGAUGUUGGAAAGUCGGUGGCCUCAAAGGAAAUGGAUAAUGUGGAUGAUGCAUUUGGUAACAAGUUUACUUCGACAACGCCUUCUAGAAGCUGUCCUGGUUCAGUAAUAGGUUCAAGUCAUGAGCUACACGAUCACCUGGAGAAGGCUGGAACUAGUUGUGCUCCUCUUACGACGGAUGAUUCCAUAGAUUGUGAGAAAGAGGGUUUGUGCAGUUCACAAAAUGACCAACUUGCCAAUAUUUCUGAUAUGGGGAAAAGCAUUGCUGGAUCAGGUGACUGCAAAGCUGGGGAAUUUAUCCGAAAAGGUAAAGAAAAUGGGAAUAGUCAGAGUGAAUUAAAUUCCAUGAGCCAAUCUAUCAUGGGCUUGGAUGAUGUAGAUCAUCAGGAACCUCUUGCUGCAAAGCUCUCCAAAGUUCAUGUUGUAUCCCGGAAGAUACAGGCUGAUAAAAGAAUUUCAGCCAGUGAAGAAAAGAACAAGGCAAAAAUCAUCGUGCCUUUUCCUGCCAUAGCUGCUCCCCUGUUGAAAAAGCAGGAAUCCGCUGCUGAAAAUGACUUGCGUUGUCUCACUCCAAAUGGUGUUUGCAGUUUAGGGGAAAUGAAACUUGUUACGAAGAAAUUUUCUCCCGUGGAAGACUUCUAUCUGAAGAAGGGGAAAGGGAAGGCAUUAUCUCAUGGGAGUAUCUAUAGCAGAGCCUUCAACGAUGAGAAUGACGAGUGUGAGAGUGUUGAAAGUCGUAAUAAUGGGGAGCAAGUUUUGAAAGGGAUAAAGAGGUGUGCUUAUGAUCUAGAGUUGAUAGUUGGAACCAAAAGAAUGAAAAAAUAUCACAUGACUCCUGGAUUCGCGUCAUCUGCUGAGCCAGCUAGCUCGUUUGCUAGUUGGGUAUCGAACAUGGUGAAGGGCGUGGCACAUGGUAAUAAAGAAGAGUCGCUGUCCGUUGCAUUGACUCUUACUUGCUCUGAUGAUGUUUACAGAAGGAAUUCUGAUGGAGAUUUCUUGUAUCAUAGAAGACAUGAUUCGCAAGGUCUGGAUAUGGGGUUCCAGGCUGUAUUCAGGUCCUUGUAUUGUGCACGAAAGGACAAUGAUUCUACUGAAGGAUCAUGUAAAUCGUUGGCGGAUGAAAAACUAUUACUCGAGGAUAUACCUCGAUCAUCUCGCUUCAAUAAUGCUUCAGACAUCUUGGCUUGUAAUGGAGAAAAUGGUGAUGCAAUCACGUCUCAUUCCGAUGCUCAAUUAGGAUCGAACAAUGUAUCCGAAAAAGGCAAUCUUCAUAAGAGCCAGUGGGUUUCUCUUUAUGGUAAGAAGAUUGCUCGAAAAACUGACAAACGCUUCAUUUCCUUCCCAGAAGUGAAUCUUGACGAUGCUCGAGGGGUAAUAGAUGCUGUUCCUAUUGAUCAGAGAAGCUCUGAGAAUGAAUUGUCCAUUUUCCGUUGCAAAAAAUGGAUUCAGAGGUUCUCUGCUAAUGGUAAGGCACCCAUCGAUCCAAAGUCCUCAAGCGUACAACGUAAGAAAUUUGAAAGCUCAGAAGCAAUGGCAUCCAUUUUUGCUCGGCGGCUGGAUGCCCUGAAGCACGCCAAACCAUCGAUAAGAAAAAAGGUACCAUUGUAUUCUAUACGAUGUUUCUUUUGCGGCAGCAGCCAUUAUUUAAGUGAAUGCCCGAAUGUAUCAGAAGCUGAAGUUGAGAAUCUGCUAGUGAAAAUUAGCUCAGUUCAUGGUGUCGAAGAGUCGACUUGUUUGUGCAUUAGAUGCUUUCGAUCAGAUCACUGGGCUAUUACAUGUCCCUGGACUCCGUCGAUCAGGCAUUUUAGGCCGGAUCCCAAGUCAUCCAUCUUUAGUCGAUAUACAGCUUUUCGUCUUGAGCUUCAUGCCGGUCGCGAGCUUGUUUCUGCUGAUAGGACAACUUGGGACAUGGACAUUUCGUCGAGCGGGAAUAUUUUAACUUCCGACAAAAUAAGAACAAGUGCUGUCUCCGAUGAGAAUAAAGGAAAUCGAAAUUAUCCACAGUGUGAGCCUGCCACUUUAGAUCUAUGCCGUGCUAUUAGGAAUCUGCGCGUCUCUCGCCGAGAUAUCCUCAAAUGCUUGAAUUCCAACGCCUCACUGUCACGUUUUAAUGGUUUUUUCUUGCGCUUGCGGCUCGGAAAGUUGGAAUCAGGACCUGGAGAACGCGGCUACUAUGUUGCUUGCAUAACAGGGGACGCCGAAGAUCGUAGUGUUUCUACGUCGAAGAAGUCCAUUACCGUCAAUGCAGGUGGCGUAAGAUCAUCCAUCGAGAGUCAGUACAUCUCCAACGACGACUUCCUCGAGGACGAGAUCACGGCAUGGUGCUGCAGAAUGGUGAAAAGCGGGAACAAAAUCCCAUCUUUGAACGAACUCAACUCAAAAUUCGACGCUAGAAAAAGCUUAGGAUUUUAACAGAACUACGGUCAGUUCUUGCAAGAACAAAAACUUUGUUUAUUUCAAAUGCAUUACUGUUGUUGCUAAAGUUGCUGCGGCUGUGUGCUCAUUUUUUCUUAUUCGAGCGCACGUUACCUCGCCUCGCCUCGCCUCGUUAUUGUAGUUUCGGUGACCUCUAAUAUCUCCGAAGUUUCCGAUACCGGAUAAAGUAGUAAGUAGAGGUGUGGACUUAGUUUGUACUUUACCUUUAAUGUGUUGAUGUGUUCUGCUGAGAAGAAUGUUUGAUGUUAUGUUGUUUUAAGUUUGCUUGCUUAAAGUUUGUUUUCAAAAAUUC